AUGUCUCUAUCACAGUCAAUAAAGAAUCUCAUCCGCCAUGGAAAGCAAGGGCGAACCGCGCAACCACAAGAAUCUCCAACCAAUGUGACGCCGCAUCACAACGAUUAUGCGUCUCCUCCCAAAAACCGAUACGCCAACUCAGACCCAAACAUGGCCCACCAAGCACAUCAAGUUCCCCACGGCGAUGCAUACUCCACGGCCGAUGUAGACGGAAGGAAUAGAGGCGCUCAAGCCGGCAACGUCGCAGCCCACGCUGCAGGAAAUCACCAGAAGGCGGGCAAAAGCAAAAAGGUCGAUGCUACCGAGAUCAAGAGACUCGUGGACGAGGAGAACGCAAACAAAUCAAAGCUCCCUAAAUACCCUGGUCUCGAGCGAUGGGAGCUGCUGGAGAAGAUGGGCGACGGCGCCUUCAGUAAUGUCUACAGAGCAAGAGAUCUACAGGGAGACGCCGGAGAAGUCGCCAUCAAAGUCGUUCGCAAAUUCGAGAUGAAUUCGAAUCAGGGGAAUGCGGCGCUUCAUCCGGAUUUCAAGAAGCAACCAAAGGUAGUGGAGAGAGCAAAUAUCUUGAAAGAAGUUCAAAUUAUGCGUCAGCUGGAGCAUCCCAAUAUUGUCCAGCUCAUUGACUUUGACGAAUCGAAGCAACACUACUUUAUUAUUCUAGAAUUGGCCCCUGGUGGAGAACUUUUCCAUCAAAUCGUUCGUCUCACUUAUUUCAGCGAGGAUUUAUCGAGACAUGUCAUCACCCAGGUUGCAAACGCGCUGGAAUACCUGCAUGAAGAGAAGGGUGUUGUGCACAGGGAUAUCAAGCCGGAAAACUUAUUAUUCUCGCCGAUCCCCUUCAUUCCAGCAAAAAACCCGAAACCGAAGUCCUCUGAAGAUGAAGACAAAGUAGACGAGGGAGAGUUCAUCAAAGGCGUAGGCGGCGGAGGUAUUGGUCAGAUCAAGAUCGCCGAUUUUGGCCUUAGUAAGGUUGUGUGGGAUAAGGAAACGAUGACGCCCUGUGGUACUGUCGGUUACACAGCACCAGAAAUCGUGAAGGACGAGCGAUACUCCAAGAGUGUCGAUAUGUGGGCCAUGGGCUGUGUACUCUAUACACUGCUUUGUGGCUUCCCACCUUUCUACGACGAGAGCAUCUCAGUACUGACCGAGAAGGUCGCUAGAGGCCAGUAUACCUUCCUUUCGCCAUGGUGGGACGAUAUUUCCAAGCCUGCUCAGGAUCUUGUCUCUCAUCUCCUAACCGUCGACCCCGUCAAGAGAUACGAUAUCAAACAAUUCCUAGCACACCCAUGGAUUCGAGAAGCCGAGGAACCAACAUUCGCUGCUCACGAUGCACCACCACUUGCUACCCCUGCUGUAGAACGCGACAGACAAUUAGGACCCGGUGGUCAAUUGAGAGCAUUUGAUCCCAGUCUACUAGAAUCCCCAGGUGCAGGCAAGCGAAUGGAUUUUCGAAGCCCAGGCGCAGUCAAUUUGCGUGAGGUGUUCGAUGUCGGAUAUGCCGUACAUAGACAGGAAGAGGAAAGCAAGCGUCGCAAGAACUUCAAACAAGGUUACCGUGGCGCUGCUGCGAUGAAUGGACUCAACCCGAUCGAUGACGAUGAAGACUUUGAAGAAGAAGAAGAGGACGGAGAGACCAUCCCGGCCAAGGUACCAAAGGCUGGGGAUACAGAUGUGAGCCAAGUAGAACAAAAGCUCCAGAACACAAACCUUGGAAAGGCACCACAGAAGGGUUAUGGACAACACAGUCCCGCGGUAACUGCAGCAGCGAAACAACAGGUCAGGAACAAGAAGGGUGCUUUCGAAUUGAACCUCGACGGCGCAACCUUACUGGGACGAAGAGGGCACAAGGGCCCCAGCGGAUUACGCAAUGCAGAGUCCCAUGUAUAG